AUGCGUCUUUAUCUUGUGCACUUUCUCUUCAUCGCCGGGAUAAUUGCCCCUGUGGUUCCAACACGAUUUUAUAUAUCUGGCACCGUUUCCUGUCAAAGUUCCCCUCCCUGGUGCUACACCAUCCAAUUGCUGGAAUUAGAUUCCAACUUCAAUGAUGUAAUUACCAGUGUAUCUGGUUGCGAACUCACGAACCCCAAUCAAAAAUUCAGUUUCGAAGGUUGGCAGCCUUGGGAUGGACUUUUCGAUAUAAGAAAUGUCAAAACAAUGCAAACUUACAAAAUGUUGAAUCCGACGUCAGAACAUGUUUCAAAACUUGCCUAUUCAAUUUCAUCUUUUUACAGCGAUCAUAAUAAAUGA